AUGGCGACGCCGCAGCCCUCCGGGUCCGGUCCGCUGGCCCUGUUGGACCACACAGGACAAUUUGCGAAGAGAAAGAAGACUUCACUUUGGUUCACAAUGUCUCUUCUGGUAGUGUCUGUUUUCAUAUUGACCAUAGGUCUGGCAGCUACCACAAGAACAGAGAAUGUUACCGUGGGAGGAUACUACCCAGGCAUUGUUCUUGGCUUUGGAUCUUUCCUAGGGAUUGUUGGAAUCUACCUUGUAGAGAACAGAAGACAAAUGUUAGUAGCCUCCAUCGUGUUUAUCAGCUUUGGCGUGGUAGCAGCAUUCUGUUGUGCAAUAGUUGAUGGAGUGUUUGCAGCACGACACAUUGAACCCAGGCCUUUGUAUAACAAAAGGUGCCAGUAUUAUUCAAGUGGAACAGGAUUCCUCUACGAUGCCUACCAGACAGAGGUGACAUGUUACACCUUAAACAGCAAGUGCCAGCUGAAAGUAAAGAGUAAUACAUGCUAUUGCUGUGACCUGUACAACUGUGAGAAUUCAGAGCAGUCCUCCAGCUACUAUGAAUUUCUUGGUGUGAGCAGCUGCCAGGAUGUGGUUCACCUGUACAGGCUGCUGUGGUCCUCCACAGUCCUCAACAUCAUCGGGUUGUUCCUGGGGAUUAUUACAGCAGCCAUUCUUGGGGCAUUUAAAGACAUGGUACCUCUGUCCCAAAUUGCUUUCAGUGCUGCACCUCCUCCUCAGAUCCUGUACAAUCCUGCUCAGCAGAUCCUGACCUACGCUGGGUUCUGUCCUUCUGCAGCAACUAUUUCUACAUACCCAUCUUACCCAUUGCCUCUUCAGCCUGCCAGCAAUUUUCCAGGAACAUCAUCUACUGACGUUUCUUUAUCAGAUGAAACUCAGCCUCCAUCUCAGUCCAGCUCCAGCUAUGGUCUUCCCCCCAAUGCUCCAGCCCUCUAUGCACCGACUUACUUCUUGCCUGGAGAAAAGCCUCCACCCUAUGCACCAUAG